AUGCGCGGUCGCUGUUUCCGGUGCGGCAAGAAGGGCCACCAGGUAGUCGGCUGCACCGAGAGCAAGCCCAUGCGAUGUGAGACAUGGAAGGGCUACGGGCACGACAAGAGCAAGUGCCCGACCGAGGAGGCGGUGCUCGUGGUGGAAAUGCCGGCGGGGGGAGCGUCUGCGGACGCCACAGCACUGGACGUGGCAGAAGAAGCGCUGGUGGUCGGUGACAUCUCAGGCGAGUGUCACAAAGUCGUUGGUCGAGGGGUUGUAGAGCAGGCUAGGCGGGGUAGGUAUGUUGCCGAUACCGGCGCUACCACCCACAUGUUCGCGAACUCAGAUGGGUUCGUUCGUUACGAAGAGUGUGAUCGACGUGUGCGCGUCGCCGCCGGAGAAACCUUCCCUAUCGUAGGGUAUGGCGACGUGACGGUGCUGCUGAGGACCAAGGCGAAGCAGCAGGGGACGACGCUGGUGGGCGAGCUCCGGGAGUGCCUGGGGUGCUCGACAGCGAUGGGGCUUUCCAAGCCCAUUCCUAACAAGACGUCGACCCGAGCACUAAAGCUAGGGUGCAGAGCUUCGGGGGAAGUGGGAGAGUUCGGCAAGGUGUGCCGGAAGUACUGCAUCAAACAGGAGUUCACCCCCGCGCACAGCCCAGAAUACAACGGCGCCAACUCUUUACCCCGGAGCACCGAACUACCCUUCCCUUUGGCCGAGGCCAUAGCUUGGGCAUGCAACGCCCUGAGCUGCACCUCCACCACACCCAACCCAGAGAAGAAAUCGCCGUGCGAGAUGUGGCACGGGCACCCUCCCCCACCGGGGGCGACGUACCCGUUCCUCAAACCUGCCGUAUACAAGGUCAAGCGCACACACAAGUCCGAGCCAAAAGCCCAAAAGUGUUUUUACCUCGGCCCGGGAAUCAACACCAACCGUGAUUGCGUGCGCAUCUUGAACGAAAAACGCCAAGCGAUCACAAAACGCAACUUUACCUGGCAAUCCAAGCCCGCCGCCCCCGCCGCCCUGCCCCAGUCGCUGCCUCCCAUCGCAGAGGAGGAAGAGGAAUUCGCGACUGAGGAGGACGAGGUUGGGGAGGGCGCGUCGAACCAAGGUGGAGGGAGGGCGGAGAGAGAACCUGUGAAUGGAGGACCAGGUUUCAACCUUGGCACCACGGCAGCCCCGGGGCCCGCGGGGCCGCCCGCGCGCGCAGCGCCGGCGGCACCGCCGGCCGCGCCCCAGGAGUCGGGCGCGGGCGACGCUGGCGAUGGCGCCCCCUCGAGCAGGGAGGGCGCGAGGGUCGCCCCAUCCACCACGUCGACCGGCACGGCCGAUGUGAGCGUCGGCGAGGACGACCACCGCAGCAGCGGCAGCGGCGGCAGCGGCUGCGACAGCAGCAGCCGCGGUAGCUGCAGUAGCGGCAGCGACAGCAGCAGUGGCAGCGACAGCAAGACGGAUCUCCCGGCGCCCCGUGGGCCAGAGGUCCGGCGGCUCGCCCGCUUCGACACGACGGCGGAACUCACCAGCCGCCGCACUAGGGAGAACCCUCGCCGAAACUCGAGGUACGAGCCGCCCCCGUCGCUGACAUGUGCCGAAGCCCUGCUCGCCUCGGUGGCGAGCCUGCCCGACAGCAGCACGGAGGAGUUCACCCGCUGGAUGCUCUCGGCAGUACUUCACGUGGCGGAGGGGCUAGAGGCGAGGGUGGUGCGAGAGUUGCUGUCCGAGCGCGCGCAGGAGGCCCACGCUGCGCGCCAAGAGGCGGAGGAUUUCCUGCUGGGUACGGUGGACCUCAUGCUCAACUCGCCAGACGCCUUCGAGACGGCUCUGGCGUCCCACGAGCUAAGUGGAUCCCCCAUAGGCAAGCGUCCGAGUGAAGUGGAACCCCCCCCCAUGACCGUAGCCGGCUUUGCCAAGUCUGUUUACCGAGAGGGGUGGGAACAGGCCAUGAGGGAAGAGUUUGAAGGGCACUUGGGCACGGGGACGUUUUCAUUCGUAGACGGUGCGCCAGAGGGGCACAGGCCUGUGAGCUCAAAGUGGUGUUUUAGUUGGAAGGUCAACAAGGAAGGGAGGAUAGACAAAUUCAAAGCGCGUCUGGUUGCUAGGGGGUUUUCGCAAAUCCCGAACGUCGAUUAUUUCCAUUCGUCUUCCCCUUGCCCCUCAUCCGCAUCCAUUAAGCUGAUGCUUGCGGUAGCGAACGAGAAGGGCAUGAACCUCAAUCACUGGGAUGUGAAGCAGGCGCAUACACACGCCACGCUAGACGAGGAAGUUUUUCUGAAGCUCCCCGCUGGGUGCGGGGACAGAUCGUAUAAAAUUGUUAAGGCUGAGCCUGCGAUUUACGGACUGAAGCAGAGCGAGAGGCAGUGGGGGUACCUCGCUGCUGAUACGCUAGUCGAGAACGGGUUCGAAGAGUGCAAGGCGGACCGGUGUGUUUUCCGCAAGAUGGUAGACGAAGUCGUGGUGAUGAUUAUCGUAAUCUACGCGGAUGACAUUUUGGUGGCUGGGUCUGACGAGGAUUGCGAGGAGUUGCUUGCUUCUCUCAACAAGAAAUUUCCCACCAAAAACCUUGGAGAGUGUCAAUGGUUUGAUGGGUGUGCCAUCGAGAGAGAUGUAGAGGCUGGGACUCUUAGAAUCUCCCAAACCGCGUAUAUCGACAGCAUGCUUAAACGCUUCGAUGUGCAAUCGACUUCCCGCAUCCCCGCUACCCCUGGUGCCGAUCUAGGGCCGAUUCGAGAGGAUGAGGAGGGAGGGGAGUGGCCGGUGAGGGAGGCCAUCGGCAGCAUGAUGUGGAUGUCGACUUUCUCGCGUCCAGACGUCUCGUUCGCCGUGCGUGCGGCAGCGCGCCACGCCCACUCCCCGGCGGAGAGGCACUGGGAUGCCAUCCAGACGGUCCUCGGCUACCUGAAAGGGACGAGGGACCUCGGCAUCACCUACCAACGGGGAUCGGGGUUAGGGCUGGCCGUGUACGUAGACGCUAGCUACGCCGACACGGAGGAUAGGCGUUCGGUGUCAGGUUUGGCGACGACGGUUGGAGGUACCGUAGUCGGCCACGGUAGCAAGACGCAGAGUAUCGUGUCUUUGUCUUCAACGGAAGCCGAGUACAUUGCUGCCGGGGAGGGUGUCAAGGAGGCGUUGUUUGUGCGUGCUGUGCUUUCGUUUGUCGCCCCAGAGACCAGUGGUAGCAGCAUCAAGGUCCUUGAGGACAACCAGGGGGCCAUAGCGUUGGUGC